AACAGCCGCCGCCGUGCCGCGACCCGGCGCAUGAGCGCGAGCAGCGGCAGCGUCCGCGAGCUGACGGCCCUCCUCUCGGCGCUGCGCCGCGCGCGCCACCCCUGCCCCGCUCACGCCGCGCAGCUCCACGCCCGCCUCGUCGUCUCCGCGGGCGCGCGCCCGCACCCGGUCCUCCUCACGCAGCUCGUCUCCCUCUACGCCGCCGCGGGCCGCCUCGCCGACGCGCUCCGCGCCCUCCGCGCGCACCUCGCCGCCGCCAACCUCCGCACCUACGUGGUCCUCGUCUCCGCCCUCGCGCGCCCGCACCCAGGCCUCGCGUUCUCGCUCUUCGCGGGCGCAUGCCGCGGACUCCGUCCCGGCCCCCACCUCGUCUCCGCCGUCCUCGCCGCCUGCGCCGGCCUCCCGCCCCUCUGCGGCCGCCAGGUCCACGCGCGCGCCGCCAAGGCCGUACCUCCUCGCGACGUGUUCGUCUACACCGGGUUGGUCGAUGCGUACGCCAAGGCCGGGGACAUGGCGGCGUCCAGGAAGGUGUUCGACGAAAUGCCUUGCCCGGGCGCGGCGUCCUGGAACACGCUUCUCGUUGGUUAUGCCAGGAACAAGAUGUGCCUCGAAGCACUGUCGGUGUUCAGGGAGCUGGCAGGGCAGGGGCGGGAGGUGCCUCUUGAUCAGGUGAGCGUGUCAGGUGUGCUCAGCGCUUGCUCCUCGGCAGGCACCGUGGACUUCGGUCGCCAGGUGCAUGCGUGCGCUGCCAAGGUGGGUCUGGAGCUGGGUGCGGGAUGUCAUCACUUGGAACGUUGUCAUUUGUGCCUGCAUUCAUGAGAGCCGCUUCAAGGAAGCUUGUAUCUUGUUCCAGUCCAUGGUCAGGGAUGGUGUCUUGCCCGAUGAUGUGUCCUAUGCUACUGCAUUGCAGGCAUCAGCAUGUCUGCUGUCAUGGGCUCUUGGAGCAAGCAUACAUGCC